AUGCGUCUGCACUCGUUUCUUGUCACCACUUUCCUUCUGUUGGGCGCUGCUUCCGGAGCAGUUUUGAGGCCGAAAGGACCAUCAUGUCCGCAGGGAGACGGUCUGUACGCAGUCGGAUGCAGUUCGAAGUAUCUUCAGUGCAUCAACGUCAGUCAAACUAAUUGUUCAGCUUUUUUUUCAAUCACAGGCCAAGUUUUAGAACAUGGAGCAUGAGCAGUCGUGUCCGGACGGCCUCUUCUUCGACAAUCUUCUCUCAAGAUGUGAGCGAAGAGCUUCUAAUCACUUGUGCAACUCGGAGAACCGCAAGACUCUGAAUGUCCGUCAGAAAGCUGUGUAAGUGUCGAACUUCUAGAAACACGAAGCAUUUUCCAUAUUUCAGAGAGAUCAGUUGUAAGGGUCGUGCCGGCGGAGACUAUCCAAUCGAUCGAUUCAUCUGCAACGAGAACUACUACCAAUGUGCCAAUGACCGUUUCUUCAUGAGAAAGUAGGACGGACUGAAAUUCAUGAAUAAUCUCUGAUGUUCGUGUUGCAGAUGUCCGUACAACCAGUUCUUCAGUCCAGUUCUCAAGCGUUGCGACUAUCGAACCAACUGUCUGGGUUCGGAUGGAAUUAAGUUGCAUCCUGCCGCUGCCUACGCCUCCCCGACGUACGACCACGACAACUACGAGGUCACCACCGAAGAGAUCGAGAAUGUUCCAGCACGUGCGUGGCACAUUUGUUGUGAAAUCUGAGACAGUUUUUGCAGAAAUCGACUGUAACAACUAUCACAGAGACGCGAUCAUUGCCGACUGGGAGCAACCGUGCUCUCGCCACUUCUUCCAGUGCUCCAAUGGAAAGCUUCUCAAGAAAUCAUGCCCACAAGGACUGUUCUUCGUUCUCGAGCAGAACAUUUGUGAUUACCCGCGGAGUGUGAAGGCCUGUCCGGAAUACGACGGGUGAGUAUGGAAACAAACCAACAUGGCUACGGCUAAUCUUGUUAAUUUUUUUUGCAGAUCCGAAACCCUCUAUGAACCCGCUCAGCCAGUUGACACGGAAUACAGUGUGUAUGCACCAACUGCUCCGUCAACAACUCCAUCGUACGCUCCACCACAGACAACCACGACUACUCGCCCGCCAUACGUUCCACCAGCAACCACCAAGACUCCAGUUUACGCUCCACAACCAACGACGACGACGACGACGACGCCAUCUUACGUUCCGUCAAGUGCUCCGGUUGCCCCAGUCUAUGUUCCACCACCAGCAGCCCCUCCAGUCCCAUAUGAGGACACUGUGAAGUACGAUUGUGUCAACAAGACCGACGGAAUCCACGAGAUUGCUCCCUGCCAUCACAGUUUCUUAGUGUGCACCUACGGAAAAGCUCGCGUGGUUGAAUGCAACCACAAAUUGGUAUUCGAUGUGCGCGUGGGAGCCUGCGAGUUCGUCGACGCGUGCAAGUAAGAUCUUUUUCGUGAACUACUCUGCUAUUUUUCCAUUUUCAGAGGACCGCGCAAACAAGAAGAUGUUCCGCCGCUCUACAAUCACGGAGGAGUUUACGACGAGAAGCCAGUGGAGAAAAAGGUUGACUUCGAUUGUUCCGAUAAGGCCGAUGGCGACUACUUCCGUGAGGCGUGCACCAACGAGUACUUCCAGUGCAGAGACAGACGGGCUUUCGCCAGACACUGUCCGGCCAAUCUUGUUUACAACAAAGCGCUGCAAACGUGCGAUUACAUUCAGCACUGUGAGAAGUAACCGGUCCAGGUUGUGUUUGAUUGAUUGAUAAAUUCUUUCAGAAACUACAUGGAGCCUACUGUCCUCUAUACCACGGAGCAGCCAUAUCACAAUGGAAACAAUGGAUAUACUACUCAGCCGCCGGUGUCUACUGUGUACACGCAGCCUCCAGCUACCACGGCAUACACGAAACCAAGCCAUCCAGUGUACACGACGGCGGCUCCGACGGUUCGUUACGAGCAGCCAACAACCACUCAAGGAUACACGGCAUCGGCUCCUUACAAUACUCCGGCUGUUGAUGAGUGAGUGAUUUCCCCCUUCUUUCUGAAUUUUUAUCUGAAUUGCAGCUUCUCCUGCAUCAAUCGUGAGGAAGGGGACCAUGCUUCUGGAAUUUGUCAGAACAUCUUCUACUCUUGCUCCAACAACGAGCCAGUUGCGAAGAGGUGUCCAGGAAACCUGGUGUACAACCCGUACAACGGACAAUGCGACUACAAAGAAAACGUUGCGGACUGCCGUGGAAAGGACUACUCGGGUGCUCCACCCACCGUUCCGUAUUCCAAUGGAUACACCACGAAGACGACUCAAGGAUACGUGACUGUUCCACCAGUGACCAAGACUUACACUGCAGUUGAGACGACGUAUCAGCCCACUCAGCCGGCGAAGUACUACGCAUAUUGCGAGCUGCUCGCAGAUGGAAAGUAUGGAGAGGAGUGCGAACGAUUCUUCUAUGAAUGCGUCGAUUUCGCGACAACCAAAGUCAUCUGCCCGGCUGGAUUGUUCUACGAUCGGAAGCACAAGAAGUGCGAUUGGAGAGAGAACAUCGAGGAAUGUCCUGGAUAUCAGCCAACGGCCACAACUCCAGCACAAGAGCAGCCGGCUACCUCAGGAUACGGACAAACUUCGCGUACCUAUCCGAAUAUCGACUACACGACUCCAGUCCCUGGGCCAGUUGAUACUACUCCAAUUGCUGAGGCGUUCUCUUGCUAUGGACGUGUCGACGGGAUCUACGCGCUGCCGUAUUGCUCCAAAGACUACGUUCAGUGCAUCAACGGUGAGUCACAAAAGGAUGCUCCACAUUUUCUACAUGUUUUUUAUUCAGGCCGUACCCUUCUGUCUUCUUGUGCAACUGGUCUCUACUACAGUGAGAAGUCUGGACUUUGUGACUACAAGGAGAACGUUCCAAUUUGCAAGAAGUGGGUAGAAUAUUGGUUAUUUCUAUGAAAAAUGUCCCUUUUCCAGCCGCCAAGGAGCCGACGUGAUUUCUGAGAAUGCUUGUGCCGGAAGAGCCGACGGAUACUACUCAGCUGGAUGCUCAUCUCACUAUUUCUCGUGCAUCGGAGAGAAAACCCGCAAGAUGGUGUGCCCCAACAAACUCAAGUUCUCUGAGUCCCGAGCACAUUGCGACUAUCCAACCGAUGUGAAGGAGUGCAGCAUUUCUGUGCAGCCGGGGAACGCUCCACCAGCGUAUGCUUAAUUAGGAUAGAAAGUUAUUUUUGUACGCAUGUUACAAUUUACAGCGUUCCGAGUGAGUUCUGCACUGUCCGACCGAACGGACUCCACGCGUUCAAGCCUUGUUCUCCACACUAUGUCGUUUGCGAGAACAAUAUUGCGAUUGUGCGUUGUUCUAUUAUAUAUUCACGAAAUGUCUUUAACUUUUCAGGCAGGAACGUGUGCUGCUCCUCUGGUGUUCAACGAAGUCAAUCAGCUCUGCGACUACAAGAACAACAACAAGGAGUGUGGAAAUGACUACGUUCCGACGACUGUUCAGAGUGAAUACUACGGACAGACGACAUCUGGUCAGACUUAUCAGAAGCCAACUACCAGAGCUUAUGAGCAGCCGACCACCACCACCACUUCUGCAAAGCCGUAUCAGCAGCCGACAACUACAACCAAGGUGUAUGAGCAACCGACUACUACUACUACCACGGCCUACGAACAACCAACCACGACUACAAAGGCCUACGAACAGCCGACGACCACCACGAAAGCGUAUGAGCAGCCGACUACAACUACUACCAGAGCCUAUGAGCAGCCGACAACUACCACCAAGGUGUAUGAGCACCCGACCACAACGACGACGACUUCCAAGCCAUACGAGCAGCCUACGACUAUCACCACUACAACCGAGGCUCCGACAACUCCGGCUCAAGAUGUGUAUGUGCCUACAAGCACUACUUCGAGACCGCACGACGUGCCAACGACAACGACAAUUGGAUACUCGAAGUAUGAGACGACUACGACUGCUCCAGCAUACGCGGCGCCCAUCACCGUUCCUGCCGCUCCGUCGUCGUAUUAA